ACUAGGGACGUUCUCGUACAGUCCACGCUUCAGGAGAGAGAUCAUGGCGACAGUGUCGCACAAGCUUGUCUGAACGGAUUCGGCGUGUAUUUGAAGUCUCUUUCAUCAGCUGAAGUGGUUUGUGUUGAGAUAAUGAGCGGCGGUACUCCUUACAUCGGCAGUAAGAUCAGUCUGAUCUCGAAAGCUCAGAUUCGCUAUGAGGGUAUAUUAUACACCAUUGACACGGAUAACUCCACCGUGGCUCUGGCGAAAGUGAGGUCCUUUGGGACGGAGGGGCGUCCGACAGACCGGCCCGUGCCACCGAGGGACGAGGUCUUCGAGUACAUCAUCUUCAGAGGAAGUGACAUCAAAGACAUCACGGUCUGCGAGCCUCUGAAGAUUCACCACGGUCUUCCUCAGGACCCUGCUAUCGUUCAGUCGUCUGUGGGGUCGGUCCACUACCCCUCGUCUCAGGGCGGCUACAGCCCUUACCGGAGCGUGCUGCCCUCCUACAGCCAGCUGGCCGCCAGCUCUCUUCUCAGCCAGCAGUACGCUGCCGCCCUGGGCCUCGGCUCCGGUUUGCCUGGCGUUUCUGCAAGGAGAGGGCCGAUGGUAGAGCAGGCGGUUCAGACGGUCCCUGCGGAGAAGGCGGCGCAGAAGAAGGGUUUGUUUGGAGCGCAGCAGCAGGGAGGAGAGACGGCACGAGCGCAGAGGGCCCGACCCCCGGCCCAGAGAGGUGAGACAUCUUAAUGCUCCAAGAUGCUU